CUAUAGUGUUGCAUUACUAGCAGACACCAAGGAUAUCACACAAGCACACGUUGUCAAUGAGCUUCAAUCAUAUGACAGUUCAACUCCAGAUUGGAAUAACAGUCCUAUGCGGGGGUUUCUUCAGAAAAAAAACAUUCUAUAUGGUGGCCGUGGUCAUCGGGUGGUCAAGAUGCACAUAGCAUAUUUGAUAAAGCAGGCAUCGCGGUAUUGACAGAUACUACUUUGUACAAAAUAGAAAAAAAGCGAUUUCGAGGAGGAUGGUCCCGGAACUGGAACGGCUAUUGUAGUCGUACAGCUUAUUCAUAUGCAACUACUUAUGACGUGGCCCCUGAUGCUUCUAAACGCCAACCUAGUGUCACUGCUUCAACAACAGGUGAAUUCGAAAUUUUAGAACCCGAGAGAACGAGAACUUUCUUUCCUGAAACAUGGUUGUGGUCUGAUGCAGUAACCGGAGCUAAUGGAAUGACUACGUUUACAAGCAAAGUUCCAGACACCAUUACGACAUGGGUCGCAAGUGGUUUUGCAGUCAACAACAAAUCAGGAUUGGGUGUCCCUGCGACAAGAGCUGAGUUAAAGGCAUUUCAGCCAUUUUUUGUGUCUCUCAAUCUUCCGUACUCCGUCAGACGUGGAGAGCAGUUGGGUCUCAAAGUGACUGUGUUCAACUAUUUGGAUGUUGAUAUUAAUAAUGUGCUUGUCGAACUGGAAGAGAACAGAGAUCUUCUUUCUGUGUCGUAUCAUAUUUCGACGAAUGAAGCAGAACUAAUCAACCCUCCCGAACCGCCUAGACUCUCGAAAACUAUUUCGGUCACUGCUAACAGUGGAACGACAGUUGUGUUUGCAGUUACCCCAAGAACGGUGGGUCAAAUUGCUAUCAAAGUAAAAGCAAGAUCGAGUGUUGCCACUGAUGCCGUGGAGCGCCAGUUGCUUGUUGUAUCUGAAGGCCGAGCAGUUGAUUACACUCAAAAUGUCUUCAUACAAAUGGAUCAGUCUAAUCAAAGUUAUAAGCAGUCGUUGUCUCUAAUUCUGCCGUCGGAUGUCAUCAAAGACUCAUGCCGAGCUACUGUUUCAGUUAUUGGUGAUUUGAUGGGCUCGACAUUAAACAAUCCAGAGCAGUUGGUGCGCAUGCCAUAUGGAUGUGGAGAACAGAAUGCUGCCAGUACGGCACCAAACAUAUUUGUUCGUCAGUACUUGGAUGCAACAAAACAGUUGACAUUUGACCUGAAGUCAAAAACGAACAAAUAUAUGACAACAGGAUACCAACGUCAGUUAAACUACAGACAUGAUGAUGGCUCGUACAGUGCAUUUGAUGGAAAGGAUACCAGUGGUAGCCUCUGGUUGACAGCAUUUGUUGUAAAAUUGUAUGCUCUGGCCUGUGAGUUUGUAACCAUUGAUUCACAACAAGUGAUACUCUCGACAGAAUGGAUAGCAGAGCAACAAUUCUCGAGUGGCGCUUUUCCCACUGUUGGAAUACUCAUUCAAACAUACAUGAAAGGAGAUCUUGAUGGGGAAACUGCCAACACAGCGUUUGUGCUUAUCUCACUUAUUGAAGUCAAGAAUGCAUCCAACAUCGAUGCAGCACCAGCAGUCGAUGCCGCUAUCACAAAAGCUCAAAGCUACCUACAAGAAAAGUUGACGUCAACGAUUAGACAUUAUACUAUCUGUAUUAUGGCAUAUGCUCUUGCACUUUCUAAAAGCUCAAUGACAUCUCAAGCUAUCACCAAGCUAAAGUCUAUUGCGACUGUAGAUGGUGGAGUAAUGUACUGGAAGGAGACCGGCGGCUCAAGUAGGAAGAGAAGCAAUGAUGAUUUCUUUUAUUAUCCUUACCAUGCACCGUCGGCUGAAAUUGAGAUGACUGGCUACGGUCUUUUGGCCAUCAUGCAGACAGGUGACAUUUCUGGUGGGCUGCCAGCUACUAAAUGGUUGAGUAAACAGAGGAAUUCGCUUGGAGGAUGGUCCUCAACUCAGGACACGUGUGUUGCUCUUCAAGCUCUCGCUAAUUUUGCUACUGCUGUGCACAGUGGAUCUGGAUAUCUCAACAUUCAGCUUACUUCAGAUGUUGAUUUAGAUUUCUCACAUUUAUUUAGUGUUGACUCUGACAAUGCACUAGUUCUUCAACAAGCAGAGGUUCCUGUUGGUGGCAAUCUUAGCUUGAAUGUGAAUGGGUCUGGAACUGCUCUUCUGCGGCUACUAAUGAGCUACUGUGGCGUACAGCGUUCCUGCACGUGGUAGCUCAGAACCGUCUUACCAGCUGGUAGUUGAUGUGUUGGAGAAGAAUACUAGUGGCAGUAUUGAUGUAACACUUUGUUCAAAGCAAUUACAUAUAUAAAGAAUAAGAACUCUGGCAUGGUUGUUGUGUUGGCUGUGCUCCCAUCUGGAUUUGGAGUUGAUCAUGAUGCAAUGGAGACAUACUUGAAAUUCAACUCGGAUGUGAAGAAGUAUGAUGUCAGUGGAGAUCGGGUGGACAUUUAUCUCAACCAGCUUGUGUAUAACAGCAAGAAAUGUGUAGUACUCACAGCCAAUCGUCAGUAUGAUGUUGGAAAUGUGAAACCAGUCCCUGCUGUUGUCUAUAGCUAUUAUGAACCAGAUCUCGAGAAAAAGUCAGUGCUGUAUGCACCAUCAACAAUGAUUGGCAUGACUGUCUGUGAGCUAUGUAUGUGUAACAAGAAUUGUGCUGGAUGUGAUUUUUACCAGAAAGCUAUUGGCUGCUUGACACAGAAACCAUCUUCGAGCUCUCCAUCUGUUCCAGUAUUUUGUUGAUGACUGUUCUAAGACUUUUAUUGGUAUGGUGGUGAUGACUUUAUUGCUGGAAUGAUUCUGUUAAUUGACUGGAUGUAACGGGUGGUCAAGUGUAAAAGAGAUCAACUACUGAAGAAUCUUAGAACUAAAAUUACAUUUUAUAACUACGAACCCAAAAAGGGUUCCAGUUACUACCACGUUCAUUAUUGGAGAUGAAUGCAGCUGGUCUGUCUGUCUGUCUA